AAGCAGAGGGAUGCCUCUAUUUAGCUGGAUAUAAUCUUAGUUAUGUGUAAUGAUGGGUCCAGUAAUAAGCUAUCUCCAGUUGUGAUACUACCCUAACUUUGUAAUGGAAAAAUACAGGCCUGGACUCGCAUUGGUAGUAACAUGAUGUUCAAGCACGGCAGCACAUUAUAUAUCACGAGGAACUGUUUCAGCUUUUAUCUGUAACUAGAUUUGUAUUGUUGAGACGUGAUAUGUGCAGAAUUAGACUCUUGUAUUAACGGUGCAGUUAAGUUUAAUCAUCUUUUGCAUGCGACUUAACAUGGUCGGAUGGGCGGCUGAGCAAAGCUUCCGCUCCCGUGUUUAACGAUGUGCUGGCUUGUCCUGAAGUGGAGACAGACACACAGAGAGCAGGCUGUAGCCGUGUUAGCAAACAGGAUUAGCUGGGAGGUUAGCUUGGCAUCAUGGCUAUGUAGCCUCGUCUCUGCUGGAUAGCUGCUAACAUCAGCAAGGCCGCCAUCAGAGUCGUGUGUGUGUAUGUGUGUGUAUGUGUGCGGUUUGCUGGGUGCAGCCACAUAGAGGAAGGCUUCAUGGUAUUCUAGCUAUCAAAAGCAGACAUUUAAUAACCUCACCGAAAGCUUUUUGCUGGGUUAAUGUGACCCAUACUGAAUCUACUGGAAGGACUUGAGUGUUACAUGGAUUCUAAUGCGAGUAAAAGGUACUCUUUCCCGGGCUUUUCGCGCAGCAUUCAUCGCCCUCACGGUUAGCCAUCUUUGUUUCAGCUAGCCAACUUCUGGUGACCGUGUGCUAACCUACAUUAGCUUACGACGUCGUCCUCACUGAUAUCGCAUCUUAUAUGAUGCAUUUAACCAGUCGCUGUAAUAUAAUAUUUGCAAUGGGAAACGUUUUAAAUCAUUAUAUUUUAUGCCUAUCCCGAAUGGCUCUUAAUUCAAUGUGUUUUUGAAGGGCGGAAGCUAACGUGGCUAACGUUAGCUAGCGGCAGCCAUCUUAGGCGAGCAUGUAAUCUUGGCUAGCUGGAAGUGCUGGUGUGGCACAACAAGAUGGCCUGUUAAUACUCGCACAAGGAGAGUUUCCGCGUCGGUGGUUGUGUCAUAAAUUGCACCAAAUUACUUGACUCGAUUCCUCUUUUUAAUGACUGCUCACUGACAACAGCAACAGCGCUGCGCUAAACAAAACCGAGCUCUAUAAACCCGAUUCUCUUUUGAGUCAUCGCCCGGCAGGAAAACGGAGGUCGUGGGGCUGGAGUGUGUUCUCAUGGCCGAGUCAGAGACUGAAUGUGACACACCCGGCCUUGACACACUUGGGUCGGAGUGUGUCAUAGCCCACAGCCAUGUCGACCUUCACUAUGGAGCAGAAACUGAGAUCAUGACAGAGGAAAAACGUGGAUUAGAGCUUGAGAUCCAUGGCUCAGACUUAAAGAUCCAAGGACUGGGGACAGAGCUCGGAGCUGUAGCCUGUGUGGAUGCAAUUGUGGCUGAGACAGACCAUGAUUACAUUAAAGUGGAACAUGGUGAGAUGCAUUGUUUCACAGCAGCAGAGAUCAAGACGUCGGGAAAUGAAGCUCUGCUUGGGGAGGUGCUGCUUAAAGCCGAAAGCGAGCAUGUGGUUAAAGUGGAGUCUGACCAUGGAGGAGAGUUGACAGUGGAGUCUGAGAAUGGUGUCAUCAUACACGAAGCCCAUGGCCUGCAGUGCAACGAGUGUGGAGAGAUUUUUGGCAGCAUAGCUGAUCUUCACCAACACUUUGAGAUCCAUAAGGACCUCAACCCUUACAUCUGUGUCCACUGUGGUGAGAGCUUUGCAGUGGAGGCUAGCCUCAAGCAGCACAUGAAGAUUCACAUGAAAGAAAAGCCCUAUGUUCCCCCAGGAGUUGAGAUCAUGGGCAAAGAUGUUAUUGAUGCCUUCAGCCUCAAGUCUCAUCAGAUGAUCCAUUUACCAGACAAACCCCACAGAUGCUCAGAGUGUGGUAAGAGCUUUGCAGCUGCAAUCACCCUCAGAGAACACAUGAAGAUGCAUUCAGAGGACAAGCCCUAUAAGUGCACCCAGUGUAGGAAGAGCUUUGUCCGCAGAAGGCAUCUGAAAAAGCACCAAGAGGUCCAUGCACGUGAGAAGCCAUAUACCUGCGGCCAGUGUGGCAAAGGCUUUGCUACAACUUCCAACCUGAAGCAGCAUCAGAAGACCCACGCUACAGUUGUGCUCGGAGACAAACCCCACCGGUGCACACAGUGUGGAAAGUGUUUUGCAGCUGCAGCCACUUUGAGGGAGCACCAGAGGAUUCACUCGGGGGAGAAGCCAUACAAAUGUAACAUGUGCAGGAAGAGCUUUGUCCGCAAACGCCAUCUGAAGAAGCACCAGCAAGUACAUGCCGGCGGGAAGCCCUACACCUGCAGACAUUGCAACAAGGGCUUUAAUCACUCCUCUUCUCUCUCUCGCCACCACAAGACCCACCUGCAGAACCCAGUGUUUUCUCCCCCUCAGCCUGGAAAAACCUUGUCCUAUGGCACUCCCCCGAAGCAGAGAGUACACCAGCAGGGAGACAAGCCCUACAUGUGCCACCACUGUGACAAGGGCUUCAAUCAUUCCUCUUCCCUGUCCAGACACCAAAGAGUCCACUCAGAGGGAAAGAGUUACACCUGCGCCCACUGUGGUAAAAGAUUCAAUCACUCCUCGUCCCUUGCAAGGCAUCAGAGAGUUCACUUGGAGAACAAACAGCAACAACAGCAGCAGCCACAACCACCGCAGCCACAACCGCAGCAGUACAGCACCAUGCCCUCAGGGAAGGGAUUCCCCAACAACGCCUUCCCAAAACAGCGCAUCCUGUCAGUGGAAAAACCAUACAGGUGCACUCAGUGUGGAAAAGGCUUUAACCAUUCAUCUUCCCUCUCUAGACAUCAUAGAAUCCAUGUAGAUCAGUGAGCCCCCUCUCCCACUCUCACAUGCUGUCCCAUGCAAGCGCACACAUCCCUGCUCCCCCGUUUCUGUUAUAACAAUGUUCCCAUCAUUGAUAUCACCACACCACAAGAAACAUCAGGCCAACUUCUAUAGACAAAAGUGGUCAGAUCAGCACAUUGCUAUGUUGAAGUGGAGCAGUUAAGAAUAAAUGGACAGAAACACAAGUCUUCAAAAGGAAAAGGCUUGGCCUGAAGGACUGAGUAACCUAUAAUUCAGAGCUGAACCCGGGACUUGUUCUCGGUUUGAAGAGGGUAUAAUACUAGCUUCUGAAGGAAUUCUUGUUUGUGAUUGUGCUCCACUUGCUCCAGGACCUCUUUUUUGAACACUUUUAAAAGAAAAAAAUGUGAUUUGAAGAUCUACAUGAUAAAUUGUUACCUGGGGAUAAUAUGCUUCACCUUCUGGUUAGUCUUUUUGAUACAAGAAUUCAGUUAUUGUACCUUCAGGUGGGCACAUGCGCUUUUCAGCUGCAACUUUAUCCAAGGCUACCAACACAAUUGGUGAACAAGAACUGUUGUCUCAAUUUAAAUAGUUACCUUUUUCACCCACAUAAUCCAUGUGAAGCAAAUGACAAAAAUCCAAUGUAAAUAUUUACUGAUUUCAUUUAUAUAUAUAUAUCUAUAUAUAUGUAUAGGUGACUAGUGUGGCUGUCCCGAAAGAUUACAUUUUUGAUAGUAAGAUCCACUUUGUCUCCACUUUUUUUUCCUUUUAUGACUUUAAUUUGUUAUAAAUGUUGGAGAUAAACAUGUUGCAGGUGUUCUCAUGCAGCUUGUUCUUGAAUUUGGGCUCCAUCAGACACGAGCCAUGUUGUAUAUUUAUGAGGUUGUUUUCUUGUAUGUCUACGAUAAGUUAGCACCGCUGCAUUAGACUGUACAGAGAGCAAUACUGGCUGACACCCUGAUUCUAUUAUGGCAUGCAAUUUAGCCAUAAGAAAAUGCAUAAUAGAAAAUAAAAAUCUACUGGGUAGCAUAUUACAACAUGACCUGUGUCCUAAUUAUUUACUGUGCGGUUUCCUCUGUACCCCAGCACCAAAUGUACAUGAAAUGCAACAUCUCACUUUGUUUAUUUCUUUGGAGACUAAUUCAAUUACCUGUGUAUAGAAUAUAGGUAACUGUUGUUCGCGUUGAUCUGCAAACUAUCACAAUUUGAUCUAAAAGGUUGUGCAUACUAAAAAACAAAAA